GCAUGCGAUCGUGGAGAUCUCCUUGGCACUUCCCACAAUGCACUUCGCCGAGAAAUGGUUAACUAUUGUGCAAACUAGAACGAAUGUGAUUUGCCAUUGAGAAAGCCUUUGAUUUUCUCGUACGGUGACUUGAAUCCCUAAAUUUUAAACAUUCAGUUGUUUUGUGUUUGCGCCGUAGACAACUGACAAGCCUUCUUUCUGCACCUUUCUGCAAGGACCAACCCAAGUCACCAUGGCGGGAAUCGUGGCUAAACAUGAGGGGCCGCAGUUUAUUAGUGAAGUCUCGGUGAGAGGAAAUGCUGCCGUGCUGGACUACUGCCGCACUUCUGUUUCAGCGCUGUCUGGAGCUACAGCUGGAAUACUUGGCCUGACUGGACUGUAUGGCUUCAUUUUUUACUUCUUAGCUUCGUUUCUCCUGUCUGUGCUACUCAUUCUGAAAGCUGGGCGGCGGUGGAACAAGUGCUUCAAGUCCAGACGACUUCUGUUCACUGGAGGCCUGGUCGGCGGUCUCUUCACCUAUGUUCUGUUUUGGACUUUCCUUUAUGGAAUGGUGCAUGUGUACUGAUGUCCUACAAAUGUAACUACCCCACUCUAAUUGUGAUUCAUCCACAUUGUCUCUUCUGCUGUUUAAGAUAACAUUAAUAAAAUAUUGCUUUAAAACUGUUCACACGAUUAAAGACAUUUAGCAGUCAGGUAUCCUCCUGUACUCCCUUAAGACGGACCACCAACUUGUUGGCCCUGCUCUUCUUCACUUAUUAGUUAUGUAAGAAAUUGUUGGAGUGAUUUUAAUGAACACCUCUGCAGCCAUUGAGGAAAAGCAAUAUCAUAAUUUAAUACACUCCUUAUGGUCUGGAAUUCCAAAUUGUGUUUAAUGGCAACAUUAAAGGUGAAUGAAGAACUAAUUUGCGUAUUGUCUCAAUUUAUUCAGGCCUAAACAUUCAUUCACACUUAUUUUCAUUGUCGUGGGCCAUGAUGAGGACAUGCAGCAGCACAGACUUGGCUUUGGUGUACAUUAAACUAGUAUUGAAUUCAAGCCGGUCGCAGGUGUUUCAAGCUUCUGUGGUCACAUGAAAUGACUUGGUGGGCUGGAUUUGGCAUCUGGGUUUUGGGUUUGACAAGUUUUAAGGCUUUAAAAUCUAGAUUUGUGUCUAAAGUUGCAUAUUUGAGGCCUAAAAGGUUUUUAAAAUUUUAAAGGAUAUAUCUCACAAACAUUGAGUCAAAACGCUUUUAUUUGCAUCCUUUUUGUGAAUAAACAUGGUCAGUUCUUU